CAUCUGCGCCCGUGCCAGCCCCGGAUCCCGAGCCCGCCCGGCACCCACAACGCCGUGCCCCAAAAUGGCCGCGCGGCCCCACACCCCCUCCACCGCCACUGUAUAGAUCGCCGCCGGUGACGGUGAUGGCCCCGGCUGUGGCAGCCGCUGCGUCGGCGGCGGUGAGCCAGGCCCUGCGGGACCGCCAGAUCCUCGACGCUGUGGGAACCGGUGCCGCGGCGCUCUCGCUGGUGGGCUCCUCCUUCAUCGUGCUCUGCUACCUCCUCUUCCGCGAGCUCCGCAAGUUCUCCUUCAAGCUCGUCUUCUACCUCGCCGUCUCAGAUAUGUUUUGCAGCUUAUUCACUAUACUGGGGGACCCAUCGAAUGCAUUUUACUGCUUUGCACAUGACUACAGUGCUCAUUUCUUCUGUGUGGCUUCUUUUCUAUGGACAACCACUAUAGCAUUCACUCUGCAUCGCACGGUUGUCAAACACAAAACUGAUGUUGAAGAAUUUGGAUCUAUUUUCCACUUAUAUGUCUGGGGAACUUCACUAGCUACCACUGUAUUACGUUCGAUAGGAAGUGAGUAUGGAAGGCCAGGUUCCUGGUGCUGGAUCCAGCAAGGAAGCAUGGCAAAGGUUCUGCACUUGAUAACUUUUUAUCUUCCACUUUGGGUUGCUAUUCUGUACAAUGGGUUCACAUACUAUGAAGUAAAUCGCAUGCUGAACAAUGCAACACGGAUGGCUGCUGGCAUAAGUGAUCGAUCAAAUCAAUCUGACAUUAGGGCAGACAGAAAGGCAUUUAAUCGAUGGGGUUAUUACCCUCUAAUUUUGAUCGGUUCAUGGGCUUUUGCAACUAUCAAUCGACUUUACGACUUUACGAAUCCAGGACACAAGAUAUUUUGGUUGUCCUUUCUUGAUGUUGGGUUUGCUGGACUUAUGGGCCUUUUCAAUUCCAUUGCUUACGGGCUCAACUCUUCUGUACGCCGAGCUAUUUCAGAAAGAAUCGACACGUUCCUACCUGAGAGAAUUAAAAGGAGCCUCCCUACAUUGUCAAGAUUGAGAAGUCAACAGGAAAAUGAACUGACCUCUCUCAUCGUCGAGGGAAACUGAUAUGACUAUGCGAGCAAUACUUAGGAGUUUGAAGCGUGCUAUGUUUGUCAAUAUCUUUUGGGUUCUACAAUCUUUAAGGUACAUCGAUUAGGAGCAACUGUUCAGCAUUGACAAUUUGGUUCGGGUACUUUUGGAGUCAGUUCCACUGGGCUCAUUGUUGAGGUUGUUUUCUACACUGUUGGUGUGCCAAAGUUCCAUUGCAUAGCAUAUAGGAGGUUAGGAGAUAGAAACCCUCAGUAGAUAUUCUGAUGUGCAUCUCUAGCGUAUAGGUCAGAUUGGCAUUCUUUCACUCCCCCCUCCCUGAUGUAUUUCUUGAGGAUUUGUUUCUUCAGUAAGCAUGUGUAAUCACCUCUAUACAAUUCAAUGACAUUGUUUAAAGAUAGAGUUGUUCAAUUGCA